AUGUCGUUUUUGAAUAAGUUCAAGAAAGAAUUUGAAGGCCUCAAUCUGGGAGAGCGCCUUGGACAACAGCAAGGAGCGCACUCACCAGCCCAGGGCACUGAACAGAGCUACCAGUCUUACAAUAUCAAUCCGUACCAGAAUCAGCAACAAGGAUAUGCACAACCUCCAUACCCUGGACAAAACCAACAGAGCUCCGGUUAUCAAUCUUACAACGGACAAUCACAGCAAUCGUAUGCAGGCCAACAGUACUCUGGACAUCAAGGUCACAGCCCACAGCCACAGCCGCCGCCAUACAAUACUUACCAGACCCCGCAUCAGCCUCAGAAUCAGCAACGGCCCCCAUCACCGGCACCUCCCAGCCAAUCUCUACAGUCAGCCCCUGCAGAACAUUCGCCUUACGGCGCUCCUGCAGCCUCACACAAUCAUUCUAUCCCAUUGCCUGCAACGUUAGUGGCACCUGGCGCUGCUGGUCAUGGCCAUCCAUGCCCUGCGCCUCCUGAAUGGGUGCCUUAUUGGUCUGAACAGUCACAGCAAUGGUGCUACGUCGAAACUUCUGGAAGAAGCUCUUGGCAGGUUCCCCUGGAUCUUCCGCCACUUCCAGGCAUGCCAGCCUUUCCAGGAAGUUUAAACGCUGAUGGUAGAGUUUAUAAUGGUCGGAUGAGUCAUCCGGGUCAGCCACAGUACGCUAAUCCGCAAGACUCACGACCAAGUCUGCCUGAGAGGGAAAAGAAGUCAUCUACUUUCCUGGCCGCAGCUGGAGGCUUUGCUGCUGGUGGUGCAGCGGGAUAUUUUGUCAAAGAACGAAUUGACAAACGUAAAGCCAAGAAGCAUGGCCGUACAGCAGAGGAUUUCUCCGACUUCGCCCAUUUUCCAGCAUGGGAGGUCGAUCUGGAAUGCAACAUCUGCGACCAGGUAAUCAGCGGUCCCUACGCACACUGUAAGAAAUGCGAUGGCGGCGACUACGAUAUCUGUCGAGAUUGCCUUGCCCAAGGAGAAUUUUGCAAAGGCAAGGGCAAGCAUAAUUUGGUCAAGGUGUAUCCCAAGUACUACUGCGAUGUGUGCAAUCUCUUGAUCAAGGGCGGGUUUUACUACUGCAGUAUUUGCAACAAUGGGGAUUGGGAUACGUGUCAGAAGUGCUUCGAUGCGGGGAACACGUGUCGUGGAAGGGAGAGCGGGAAGAGCCAUAAUCUGACGCAUCUUUACAUGCCGGAGCUCAAGUUUGGGAAGGGAAGUGGGAAGUACGAUUCGAGCAGUAGUUCAGACUCUGAUUAAAAAAGCUAUGAUGGCGGUGACAACAUGGAGAUGUAAAGUAGACGAAAUGACUGAGGCUCUGGCUAGUGAUCUUUGAACCCAUUUCUGGCUUUCUCAGAAAUGACGUGUCUGGGGUUUUGUAGUUGUAGGGACGCGAGUAUGCUAGCUUUUAUGAGUUAAUAGACAGCACAGAUGUUGACUAAGGCUAGGCAUCGGACCUGUCUUGCAACUUUAGGUCCGCCGUGGGGCAGAUUGGUCA